AUAUGGCCGCUCGUUUCGCCCCAUAGCGGUUUUGAUUGAUUCUGAAAUUACUAGCUAAUUGAUCUCAAUGUUCUAGUCGCAUGAUUUUGAGCAACCUUACCUGACAAUUGCAAAGAACUAUUUUAGCUCGUGCUGUGGUUUACGUGCAGUAAAUUAAAAUCCUACCAAAGCUAGGCCGUUUCAGAGAGUGUCGCCGCCAGCCGUUUCGCGCAUCUGUCAAAACGUUGAUUCGGCUUGCUCUGGAGCAAAGUUUUACCCCCCACUUCCCAGCUGCCCACAGUCGUUUUACGGCAAUACGUCAUUCUCAGUCUCAUUGCUCGUGGUCGCUUGGUGGUUGGUGUUGGUGUUUAAGUAUUUUUUUAAAUAAAGCGUGACAUAGUUUAGUGCAAUAUCGAUGCGAUGAGCUACAAAAGCAAGGGCAAGGAUCGGGAUUACGAGAGCAGCAGCAGCAAAUCGCGCAACAAUGCCAGCGGGCUAAGCAAGGGGCGCGACAAAGAGCGUGACAGGAAAAGCGAACGGGAAAGCAAGGAGCGCCAUGCGGAGAAGAGCGGCUCGUCCGGUGGGAAGGAGCGGCACCGUAGCCGCAGCCGGGAGCGCAGCAGCGAUCGGCGGGACGGUGGCGGACGGCGCAGCAGCAAGGACCGGCACGGGGGCGGGCGCAGGCACAGCCGGACGCGGGACGACAGCCGGGAGCGGGACCACCGGAGGCACCGCGACCAUCGGGACCGGGAGCGCCGCAGCCGCAGCCGCAGCCGGGACCGCAAGCACCGUAGCGGCGGUGGCGGCAGUGGUGGCGGCGGAGGUGGUAGCAGCCGGGACGAUCGGGACCAUAGGCACCGGUCGCGCGAGCACGCGGACGAUGGGCGCCGGGCGAUGGAAAGCAGCGGUGGGGGCGGCGGCGGCGGUGGCCUGAUGGACAGCCCGGACCGAUACGACUACAAGAGCAUCGAGUACACGCAGAACGUCAUCUCGAACAUGCUGAUGACGGCGUCCACCGCGAACGAUUUUGCUAAAUUACUUAACAGUUAUAAUCAACAGCAGCAGAUACAGGCGCAGCAGCAGCAAAUCCAGACGCAGCAGGCCCUGUUCGAGCAGCACAACGAGAACAGCUGCUCGUCGGUCGGUUCGAAAGGUAUGUCGGCGCAAAUGCUGGGCGACUUCACAGGUGACAACGGCAACGGUACGCAGGCGAUGUGCAACGGCAACAGCAGCGGUGGCGAGGGCGGCGAUUCCGCCCGCCGGCGCAAGAAAAAGUCGCGCUGGGCCGGUAGCGACCAUGACAAAACGUUCAUCCCCGGCAUGCCGACGGUGCUGCCGUCGACGCUGACGCCCGACCAGCAGGAAGCCUACCUAGUGCAACUGCAAAUCGAAGAGAUCAGCCGCAAGCUGCGCACCGGCGACCUCAUGAUACCGCAGAAUCCGGAGGAAAGGUCCCCGUCGCCCGAACCGAUUUACAGCAGCGACGGCAAGCGGCUGAACACGCGCGAGUUCCGCACGCGCAAGAAGCUGGAGGAGCAGCGCCACCAGCUCAUCCAGCGCAUGCAGUCGCUCAAUCCGGACUUUAAGCCGCCGUCGGACUACAAACCGCCAGUGAUUCGCGUCAGCGACAAGGUGCUCAUCCCGCAGGAGGAGUACCCGGACAUCAACUUCGUCGGGCUGCUGAUCGGGCCGCGCGGCAACACGCUGAAGGCGAUGGAGAAGGACACGGGCGCCAAGAUCAUCAUCCGCGGCAAGGGCUCGGUGAAGGAGGGUAAGGUGGGGCGCAAGGACGGGCAGCCGCUGCCGGGCGAGGACGAGCCGCUGCACGCGUUCAUCACCGCGAGCAAUCCGGAGGCGGUGAAGAAGGCGGUCGACCGCAUCAAGGACGUGAUCCGGCAGGGCAUCGAGGUGCCGGAGGGCCACAACGAUCUGCGCCGGAUGCAGCUGCGCGAGCUGGCCCAGCUGAACGGCACGCUGCGCGAGACGGACGGGCCGCGCUGCAACAACUGCGGCUCGAACGAGCACAAGAGCUGGCUCUGCCCGGACAAGCCGAACAUUACGAACAACAUCGUCUGCUCGGCGUGCGGCGGCACCGGCCACAUUGCGCGCGACUGCCGCAGCAAGCGCCCGGGGCACGGCGGGCCACCGUCGGCGGCCGGCGGCGGUGCGGUCACCAAGAUCGACGAGGAGUACAUGAGCCUGAUGGCGGAGCUGGGCGAGGCGCCGCCGCCCCAGGAGUCCAACCACGGCGGAGGAGGAGGAGGAGGAGGAGGAGGUUACGGCCAUGGGGGAGGCGGCGGUGGUGGCGGAGGAGGAUCGCGCGGUUCGUACAAUAUGUUUGAGCCGCGGUCGGCGCCCCGGCCACUCAUGGCCACUCCGCACCAUCCGCCCUCCCUGAUGGGCAACUCGCUGUCCGCGCCGAACGUCGCUGGCGGUGGUGGUGGUGGUACUGGUGGGGGUAGUGGAGGUGGUGGGUCACAGUCCGGUUCGGGCAGUGGAGCGGGUAGCAGUCACCAGCAGUGGCCACCGAUGAUGCCGAUGCCGCCCGCCCCACCGACGCUGCCCAAUCCUCCGCCGCCUCCGCCGACCGUGCCGUCGCUGAUGCAGUGGACGCCACCGCCUCCGGCCGCCGCGGACACGAUGGUGCCGGCCCCGAGCCACCACCACACGUACGGGGCCGGUGUCGCGCCGCCCACCAUGGGCGGCUGGGGCAAAGGAGCCGCCGGGGGUGGUUUGAUCGCGUCCGGGUGGCCACCCGCCCCGAACGGCGGGUUCGUUCCGCCGCCACCAGGGCCGGCCCCACCGCCGCCACCGAUGUCGGGCAUGCCGUCACACAUCUUGGCGCCGCCUCCACCACCACCACCCUCGUAAAAAAGGCACGAUGAUUCCAGAUGAUUGACGUGGCCAUGAUUUUCUUCUCUUUUUUUUGUUUAUUUGCUCCCUCCGAAUGCAUCAGUAUGCUCAUUAGCAGUAUACUGAACCACGCGAAGCCCCCGCCAAAACCCUUCUCGCAUACCGAGAGCGUAAAUGGGGGGGACUGUGCGUUCUGUAAAUAGACUUGCAAACGUCAUCCAUUUAUCUGAGUCGUGUUUUGCAUUACGCUCGCAACCUCCUUCGAGACGUUACAGUCUGUGAGGUCAAAACGUUAAUUAAUUAGUUUAGAAUGUUCUCCCAAAACAAAACGAAAACACAAACCGUGCUACGAAAUACUGUUGAGCGUGCGUUCAUCUACAACCUUGGACGGUGUCUGGAUACAACACAGCCCUGACCAGUACUUUUAACAUCCUGUAUUGUGCGGAACCAUGAGCCAAAUGAUGCUCCCUGGCCGAGAGGCUCCAUUGAGUCUCAGCGCGAGCCCCUGGACGAAAUUGUAUUCUGUAAAACCGUUAGUAGUAGAUGAUGGGUUUCGUGUGUAGACGCAACCUGCCCACACCCAGACCCAACCAUAAACUCAUCCCUACACCCUGCCCACGGAGCGCAGCACGGCGAAUAAUCACGUGUAUAGAAACUUGUAUUUGCUAACGAAUCAUUUUCUUCUUCUUUUUCUUUUUGUGUCACAUGUGUCAGCAGCGUAUAAGUGUGUAAUUUAUGGUUUUCUAUUCAUUUCCCACCCUCACUAAAUAGCUCACUAAUGCAGGUUUGGUUGUUUGUUCUGCGUGUAGAAAGUGCGGAAAUAGUGAAGAAGAAGAAGGGGAGAAGGAGAAGGAAGAUAAAGGUAGGAAUAGCGACACAACAACAAGGGGGGACACCGGAUGAUGCUUGAUCCGUUUCGUUCCCGUCCUUACGAUUAAAGACGGUUUAUUUGCGCACGUAUGAAUUGAUGGUAGAUUGAAUAAACGUAACCUAAUUUUACGAUUAAUAAAUACAUUUUAGGGCAGCCAGUUUUGCCAGGUACUACA